AUAAGAGAUAAGUCCACAGGAUGAAUAAAGAAGAAUUGUACAUAACCUACUAACUUUGGAAUACGUCUACGUCAAUAAGAAAAAAUAAAUCUUAUUAGUUCUAUAAUACAUAAUAAUAAAGUAAUGACAGAAACCAAAUAUGCGGAACUACAAAAGGAAUAUCAAGCUCAACUCAAAAAACUCGAAGAGGAAGAGGAGGUUCUCAUUCAAGACUUAAAUAAUAUGUUGAACCAAAAAACUUUCCUUGAAGAUAAAAUUAAAGGUAUUGCUAAAUUGAUUCCAACUUUGAAAUUAAUUAAACAUGAAGCACAAGAUUUAGUUAACACAGUUAAUGACAUAUCGAAGUCUUCAGAGAAAAUAAGUGGUAAAAUUAGAGCUUUAGAUAGCGCCAGAAGCCGUGUAGAUGAAUGCCAAGCUAGAGUAAGUGAUCUAAUAGAUCUUGAAAUAUGUUCUCAAGGAGUACAAGCAGCAAUUCUAGAUUCAGAUUAUGAAAAAGGUGCUGCACACAUACAUCGUUUUCUAUCUAUGGAUCAAUCAUUAUUAAAAAGAACGGCAAAUGAUAUGGAUAAUGUAACAGAUAUGUUGAAAUCUGUAAGAACUUUACAAGAUGCUGCUAGUCAAUUGAGAGCCAUUGUAACACAUAAAUUCACAGAAGCUGUUAACACAGAAGAUUUGAUAUCCAUUGAGAGGUUUUUUAAAAUAUUUCCGUUAUUAGGACUACAUGAAGAGGGUAUUAAAGAAUUUUGCAGUUACUUGAGAACAAAGAUAGCUUUAACAGCUGAGAAGAAUUUAAAGUCUGCCAUGAAUACACCACUUUCAGAUAAGCGACAUGGUGUAAUAUAUGCUGAUACCUUAACUCUACUUUAUGAGGGUUUAGCAAGAGUCAUAGACACCCAUCAACCUCUAAUCGAAACUUAUUAUGGUCCUGGUAGAUUACUGUCCGCAAUAUCCAUAUUACAAAGAGAAUGUGAUAUUCAAACUAAAAGAGUGUUACUUGAAUGGACAAAAACCAGAAAUAUUCAGAAAAAAGUCCAAUUGAUAAGUGAUUUGUCAAGAAUGAGUUCCACUUCAAGUUUUAAUAAAUUAGAAAAGAUAGAUCCUAAGGAUUUAGAUAUUCUGAUUGGGGAGAUCACACUAAUGCAUUUCAGGAUUGAGUUGUACAUUCGAUUUAUUCAAAGAAAAGUAACUACAGAUGCAGAAGUAGGAAUCCCAAAUCAAGAUGACAAAAACGAAGUUCUCCAAUCGCUAGAAAAACUUAUAAAAAAUAGUGAUUUGGAUCAAUGUAAACACGACCUUCUAAGUCAUUACUUAAGAUUAGAACAGUAUUACAUGGAAGAGUCUGUAGCUAAAGCAGUCAGUAUGGAUAUAAUAGAAGCUGGACAGCAAACUUCUAGUAUGGUAGACGAUACAUUUUUCAUCAUUAGGAAAUGUAUUAGGAGAUCAGUGUCUACAGGUUCUCUAGAUGGUAUAUGUGUCAUAAUUAACAAUGCCUGCAGAGUACUAGAAAGCGAUUUUGGAGAAAUAUUGAGAAAUAGAUUAAGACAAGGCUAUCCUUCUGGUUAUUUGGAUCUUACUCAAGCUUACAAUGUUCUACAAACUUCUAUACAACAGGGCAGAUUACAAUCUGGUGAUACUGAACAAUCUAGAAUGGCAUUUUUAGUAGCUCUCAAUAAUGCAGAUAGUAGUACGGAAUAUGUAGAUGCCCUAUGUGAUAAUGUGUUGAAAGAAAUACAGCAGGCCUUACCCAAAAUGAACAGCAACGAAAGAGGUAAAUUGGAAAGUUGUUUAUCUGGACUUUCAUCUGUUACUACAAAUUUGAAAGAUAUAAUAGAUUAUGGCAUUCAACAAUUACGAUCGUCAGCAAUUAAACCCAGAAUCAAUCCUUGGGUUGAUCAAUUCUUGAAUGUGAACCAUCAUUUAACUGAAGAUGAAUUGUCAGCGUAUGAGGCAGGAGAAUCAUUUAUCCAAACACUAAUCAUGAAUUUGGAAACACUUUUAUCAUUUUUCAAAGACAUUUUAACGAAUUCUAAUUAUGAUUCUUUCACGCAAGUAUUAACAGCCGAAGUAACUCAGAGAUUUGAGAAAGUAAUUAUGAAAAGUACUUUUAAUAGACUGGGCGGCUUAGUACUGGAUAAAGAAGUAAGAUCACUAGCUGGGUACAUAACAGCAGCAACAUCUUGGUCAGUUAGGGAUAAAUUCGCUAGAUUAACUCAAAUAGCGACGGUUCUCAAUCUAGAACAAGUUCAUGAAAUAUAUGAUUAUUGGGGAAACCACGACAGUGCUUUAACUUGGAGGUUGACACCUUCAGAACUAAGAACUGUCAUGGCUUUGAGGUCCGAUUUUAAAUAUGAAGAUAUAAGAAGACUCAAAUUAUAAAUCGUUUAUUAUUUAAUUUAAUAUAUUGUAAGCUUCUUUGUAAGUAGCAUAAUUAUAUUGGCACUGUUCAUAAAUAAUACACUUCCGUUCUUUCAGUACCUCAGUCGCGUUAUUUGCUAUCCAGGCGAUCUGAUGAGGGCAUAGCUUCCAUUUGAAAGUACAGAUUCCCUGGUAAAAGCAGAAGAAUGAGCACACAGUAUAAAUGUUUACACUUCCGUUAUCAACUUUAUAUGGAAAAUUGUAGCUAAUCCAAGUAUCCACUUUUGUUUUGAUUUCCCGGAACCACUGGAAACGUUAGUUCGAUCGCAGUACACUUGAUAAAUACUCGAACAUUAACAUUUAUCCCUCAGUCUGUAAUCUGUAUUUAUACUGUCAUAAUUUCUUUUUGUUUGUAAAAUUCGAAAAGUAAAACAUAUAUUUCUCGUCACCUGAACCUAAAAGAAUUUUGGACAUACGAGACGCAUGGAUACCUGCACACACACCCACCCCAAGCAGGUUUCAUUUUUCUUCAAUAAGACGUGAGAAUUCUGGUCGUUAAAAGUACACGCAGUUAUGUCGAUUGACCAUACCGUUCAGUUGGAAGGUUUCUUCGUCCAACCACAAAAUAGAAUGCUAGAACUGGGGAUCAUCCUGACUGCAUCAGAGGUACCACGUCUUGCAAAAUUCCAAUCUGCGAUUGAAAUCGCCCUCGUGAAUUGCGUGGAGGAGAAGAGGAAGAUUAACUCGAUAGUGUCUGCGUUUUAGCAUUCAUCGUAAAGAACGAUCGAAUAUAUGAAGUUCUCCUGAUAGCCGCACUGCAGAUUGGUUCGGCUGCUUAACUAACGCCAGCACAACUGUUUCCUUAUUUUCGUUAAUUGUUAGCAAUACCGGCCAUCCAGAACGCGGCGCGUCGGCAACGGAGAUCUUUUUUAAGAACUUCUGGUAGGUUUUCCACACUGUUGAACAAUUUGGUAGCGGCAAGUUCGCAAAUUGUUGAAAUUCGGUUAACAUAGUUUCGUAAUCGCGUUCGUACGCAUAUACGACGUAACAUAAAAGCUCUUGAAGCGUGAACUUGUAUCGGUUAAUCAUUAUAAAACGUGUCUAUUCGACCAGCACGUCUUAUCAAUGUUAUCGUGAAACAUACAAAACUGUCUAAAGCACGAACAUGUUUCGUUUUAAUCUUUCGACAGCGGUUUCAAUUUGUUAUGUAUCAAGUCAACAAAUGAAUAAAAGAAAAUCAUUUUAUAAAAAAUCAAAAAGAUUUAUUCUACAUAUUCAAAUAUAUACAUAGUUUACAAAAAUAUACAUGUUAUCACAAAA